AUGGAUAUCAGGAAAUUCUUUGAAAGAGGGACAACACGCGAAAAAAGAAAAAAAGGUCGGGAAAGUAGCAGUGGAAGCGAUGAAAAUGACGACCAUGAUAAAACUACUCAUGUAAUGCCAAGAUCAUUGCAUGCUAACAUUGGACAAGUGUCAUAUUCUCCAGCAGAACCUGUAAAUAUAUCUGUUGCCGACUAUUCUUCUCCAUCGACAUCCCAACAAACUUAUGAUGUCAACGUCGAUCCUGAAAUUAUAGUGGACGAUGGCUAUCAUGAAAAUGAUCUGGGUCGUUAUGUUGCGUUGGCUACCCAGCUAUCGACGGAAAAGAAGAGGGAGUUGUUACAAAAUCCGUGGAUCCCGCCCAGAAAUUACGAUUUUGUAAGUGAUGCAUUGAAAAGAAAAUUUAAUCAUGCUUGGUUGGAUCAAUAUGCACCAUGGCUAGUAUAUUCCAAACGACUAAUAGGCGCUCUUUGUAAGCAUUGUGUUUUGUUCCCUCCGCCCAUUAGCACUGUGAGAGGAAUUUUGGGAUCAUUUAUGGUCAGGCCAUAUAUAAAGUUCAAAAAUAUGCAUGAAAACUGCCGAAAGCAUGCAACGACUAACCUUCACCUAACAGCGACAAAUGCUGCAAUAAAUUUUCUUGAAAAUGUUCCUGUAGACAUCCAACUGCAAAGUGGACACCAAAAAGCAAUCGAUGAAAACAGACAAAUAUUGUCGUCAAUUAUUUCAUGUAUAGUAUUUUGCGGUACACAUGAUAUGCCUCUUAGGGGAAAACAAGCAGAUGAGGGUGUUUUAUUAGAUUUAUUGAAAUUGAGAAUCAAUUCAGGGGACAACAAAUUAAAGAGUCACCUGGAAAAGUGCAGUCGCAAUGCAGUUUACACAUCGCCAAAAAUACAAAACGAAUUGAUAAAUGUAUGUGGCGAAGUUAUUAAGGAGAAUAUAAUAAGUGAGGUUCAGAAGACCAUGGCUUAUGCAGUCUUAGCUGAUGAAAAAGCAGACGUAGCUGGGAAAGAACAGCUGUCAAUAGGCGUGCGGUUCUACGACGAAAGCAAAAGGAAAAUCAGAGAAGAAUUUGUAGGGUUCGUUGAACUAAAAGCACAAAAUGCUUCAGCAAUUGCCGAAGCAAUUGACAAUUUCUUGUUUAGUUCUAACCUCCCAACCGAAGAUUGCGUAGGGUUUGGAUUCGAUGGCUGUUCUACAAUGGCAGGGAAAGAGGGUGGCGUACAAGCCAUUUUGAGAAAAAAAUAUCCUCGUGCUUUAUAUUUUCAUUGCUCAAGUCACAAAGUCAACCUUGUUGUGAAUGAUGCGAACGCAGUGCCAGAAAUUAGAAAUACUGUCGCCACUUUAAAGGAUGUUAUAACGUUUUUCAGAGAAUCGACUACACGUCGAAACUACGCUCCAAACCUACCACGAUUGUGUGAGACGAGAUGGUCCGAAAAAUAUAAAUCAAUCAGAAAGUUUUCUCAACAUUUCCCAGAGCUUGUGAAAUCUCUAGAAACGUUAUCCGUAGAGGGAAAUUAUGCCACCAGAAAAUCUGCAUAUCAGUUGCAUUCAGCCGUUACAAAACCAGUGUUUAUUGUUGCUCUACAAACAAUAGCCAAAUAUUCAGCAGUUUUAGAACCAGUAGUUAACGCACUGCAAGCUAAAUCGGUCGACAUGAUCUCGGUGGGGGAACACAUCAAACAUAUCAAGGACAUUCUCAGAAAUGACCGCGAGUUUCCUGAUAGAAUAAGUAAUGAAAUGCUUCAAAAAGCGCGAGCUGUUGCAAUGGAUUUGAACAUAGAAAUUUCGGUUCCACGUCUUGCUCACAAGCAAACACAUAGAAGUAAUCCGCCAUCAGACAAUGAUAACGAAUAUUGGCGGCGUUCCCUGAUAAUACCAUACAUUGAUUCACUCAUUUCAUCGUUGAAUAUUCGAUUCUCCCAAGAAAAUACUCCGGCGUUUGCUUUAAGUAAGCUACAUCCCUUGUAUAUGACCAAAACCAGCAUUACAGACUUACACAAGAACGCAGAAUCAUUCCAAGAAUUUUAUAACCUGGAUAUUACCGGAGAACUGGACCUUUGGCAUAAUUUAUGGGUGAAGAAGGCUUUAUCAGAUGAUCAAUUAAGGGACAUACAAAAGUAG